CCCUUUGCUUAAAUUCUAAAAUUUCUUUCUUUUGACCUUUACAAAUUAUAAACCACAAAUUUUCUUCCUUUUUCUUUCCAUUUAUUUCAUCGCCAUUGCACACACACACAUAUAUAUAUAUAUAUAGAGAUAUAUAUGUAAGGGAGUGGGUAUGAGUGUAUACAUCCAAGCCAACAUCAAAAGCUGAAAAAAGGGUAAUAAUAAUAAAAAUAGAAGAAGCAGAGCACUUCUGCUCCUCUCUGCCCUCUUCUGAGAAGUGUUGUGUACUUGUGAGGAACUCCUUCAAAGCCAUCAGCUACUCCUUUUGACUCCAUUGCUUACCCCCUGGUUUUGUUUUCUUCCUCCUCAUCAUCAGGUCAAAUCUGCCCAGUAUCAGUGGAGGUCUAGCGGGAAGCUAAGGGCUCGUAUCUUUUAUCGAGUGGCUUGAUAUCUUUUGUAUUCCAUGCUAUCGAUCGGAAUAUAAAUAAUGGGCUUACUCUGCAGCAGAAGUCAUCGCCAAACAGAAGAUACCGAUGAGAAUGCACAGGCUGCUGAAAUCGAAAGACGGAUAGAGCAAGAAACUAAGGCCGAGAAGCAUAUCCGAAAGCUACUUCUACUUGGUGCUGGAGAAUCUGGAAAAUCUACCAUUUUCAAGCAGAUAAAGCUUCUGUUUCAGACGGGAUUUGAUGAGACCGAGCUGAAGAGCUAUGUUCCGGUCAUCCAUGCCAAUGUCUAUCAGACUAUAAAACUGUUGCAUGAUGCAUCCAAGGAGUUUGCUCAAAACGAAGCAGAUUCCGCUAAGUAUACAUUAUCCUCCGAAAAUACGGAGAUUGGCGAGAAACUCUCGGAAAUUUGUGGCGGUUUAGACUAUCCACGUCUCACGGAAGAGCUUGCCGAGGAAAUAGAAACGCUGUGGAAAGAUGCUGCAAUACAGGAAACGUGCUCUCGCGGUAACGAACUUCAAGUUCCGGACUGCACUCAAUACUUCAUGGAGAAUUUGAGACGACUGUCCGAUGUGAAUUAUAUUCCGACCAAGGAGGAUGUUCUAUACGCAAGAGUUCGUACAACUGGUGUUGUGGAAAUACAGUUCAGCCCCGUGGGAGAGAACAAGAGAAGCGGCGAAGUAUACAGAUUAUUUGACGUCGGGGGACAGAGAAACGAGAGAAGGAAAUGGAUCCAUCUGUUCGAAGGCGUUACUGCUGUAAUAUUUUGCGCUGCCAUUAGCGAGUAUGAUCAAACCCUAUUCGAGGACGAGCAUAGGAAUAGGAUGAUGGAGACGAAGGAAUUAUUCGACUGGGUCCUGAAGCAGCCGUGUUUUGAGAAAACAUCAUUCAUGCUGUUUUUGAACAAGUUCGACAUAUUCGAGAAGAAAGUUCUCGAGGUCCCGUUGAACGUGUGCGAAUGGUUCAGAGAUUACCAUCCUGUCUCGACGGGGAAACAAGAGAUCGAGCAUGCAUACGAGUUCGUGAAGAAGAAGUUUGAGGAACUGUAUUAUCAGAACACGGCCCCGGACCGGGUGGAUCGGGUGUUCAAGAUCUACAGGACGACGGCUCUUGACCAGAAGCUCGUGAAGAAGACGUUCAAGCUCGUAGAUGAGACCCUUCGACGCAGAAAUCUUUUGGAGGCCGGAUUGUUGUGACGGUAAUGUGGUUUUUUUUUGUUCGGGUUUUCGAGUCGGGACGAAAGCUUCUGCAGACCCGAAUUCGAUGUCGUUUAUUCGGGUUUUGCGUUUGUGUUGAUGUCUAUCCUCCAUUGUUUGCCGUUACAUUUUUCGUCGUCACUCUCAUAUUCAGUGUUAUUCAUCUCCUUUUGAUAUUUUCUCACGUCUCUUGAUCA